CUUUCAGUGUUGUGUUAGAUGGGUCUUCCUUUAGGCAGGAAGCUAUGCUAUGAAGACCUUUGGCUCAUGCCAGCUGUGUGGUGUGUUUCUCUCUGCAGGUCCCAAGGACUGUGAGAAUGGCACAGACAUCGUCGAGUUUGUCCUUCUGGGUUUUUCCACCCAGCCUAAAGAGCAGCCACUCUUGUUCCUAAUCUUUCUGCUGAUGUAUGGAGCAGGACUUCUGGGCAACAUCAUGAUGAUCAUUCUCAUCUCUCUGGAUGCCCGACUCCAGACUCCCAUGUAUUUCUUGCUUCGGAGCCUCUCUGUGGUGGAUGUGGGCUUCCUGUCAGUCACUGUGCCUCAGAUGCUGGCUCACAUCAUCUCCUCUUCCAAGACUAUCCCUUUCUACUGCUGCAUGGCUCAGUUCUUUUUCUUCUACGUGUUUGGCGUGACUGACCUUCUGAUAGUGAGCGUCAUGGCUCUGGAUCGCUAUGUUGCAAUUUGCAAUCCACUACACUACACUACGGUAAUGAACCAGAAGGUCUGUGGACACCUGGUAGCUGGCUGCUGGAUUGUUUCUACCCUCCACUCCAUGCUCCAUGCCAGCCUCCUCCUGCGUCUCAGUUAUCGUGGGGACAACCACUUGUUCCAUUACUUUUGUGACCAUCAGCCCCUCCUGCAGCUGUCCUGCUCAGACACCAGCAUCAAUGAAGCCGUCAUCUUCUUUGAAGGUGUCAUCGUCGUUCUUGGACCUUUUGUGUUAAUCAUCCUCACCUACGUCCGCAUUGUGGUAGCUGUGAUGAAGUUAUCUUCUUCGGGGAGGCGCAAAGCUUUCUCCACCUGUGGCUCCCACCUCACCAUGGUGACCUUCUUCUAUGGAGCUAUCAUUGCUGUCUACUUUCUGCCAACAUCCAGCUACUCAUCCCAGCGAGGGGCUGUCUUUGCUGUGGUGUACACUGUCAUCACCCCAAUGUCCAACCCUUACAUCUACAGCCUCAGGAAUAAAGAUGUCAAGGAAGCUCUGUGGGAUCUCCUGGGGAAGAGGGCCUUUUUUCAACAGUAA